AUGAUCCGAUUCGACAACAUGCCGCCCGAAGUGAUGCAAGCAAUGUGCACGCCGAUGCACCAGAUCCUACCGCCUUCUUCCUCCCAUUCCCAUCACCCCCACCUGGGUGCCCUUUACCUCGGGUCCCUCGCCGCAGCUCAAGACGCUCCUCUCCUCCGCUCCCAAGGCAUCUCCCACAUCGUCUCCGUCCUCGACUCACCUUGGGCGCCUAGUCCCUCUCACCUCGAGCGCGAGGGGUUCAGCGUGUACAAGAUCGAGGUGGGAGACGACGCGAGCGUGGAUUUGAGGCCGUUUUUGGAGGCGGUAUGUGCGAAUAUUGAAGGCAUGAGGAGAAUGGGGCGGGGAGUGUUGGUACAUUGCCAGCAGGGUGUAUCCCGCUCAGCCGCCAUCGUCAUCGCCUACCUCAUCGCGCACCAGGCCAUGUCGUACGAUACCGCCCUCACACUCGUCCGGCGCAAGCGCGCGUGCGUGCGCCCAAAUUCCGGAUUCGUCAGGGCGCUGCAGGAGUGGGAAGGCGUUGUUCGAAGUGGAGGAACGGGAGGGCAGAGGCCACCUAUUGAUCGGCGGUUCACCAACUGA